AUGUUAAGGACUAUGGAGCCAUGGGCGACGGAGCAACCAACGAUAUGGCAGCCGUCCAGAAAGCCAUUGACGCGGGCGACAGCAGCGGCACAUGAGCCACCGGAACUGCCUUUGGCAUCGCCGUGCAGCCCGCAGUGGUUUACUUCCCUACGGGAACACAUUCGAUGGAGAAGCACCUUAUCCAACCGUGUUAGUACUAUACUAGUUGGUGAUCCAACGAGCCGUCCAACUAUUAAAGUGUCUGCUACUUUCACAGACACCUAUCUUCUCGUUGGACAUGAUACUCGGUACACCGGACUCGUUGCUUUCUAUCACUGGAUCAAGAAUCUUGUUCUCGAUACAACCACCGUUCUCUCUGCGAAGAGAAUUACUAUCCUCGAGUGGUGCGUGAGUCGGGCAAAACAACUAGCGAAAGUUAUGUUUAAUAUGCCUGGAGCUACGGGGCACGUUGGUCUUACUACGCCUGGCCAAUGUACUCAGCUCCUUUACAAUGAUUUGCAGUUUGUAGGCGAUGUGGCAACUAGAGUUAAAGUCACAAGCAUAGUAAUCUUACAUGAAACAUUCCAAGGCUUGCAAUUCGAGGGCUGCACAAUUGGCAUCGAGAUUACGAGUAGUGGUAGCGGUAUUCUGAACUUAAUAGACUCCUCCGCUUCAAACACAACUACUUCGGUAAACGCGCCUGCCACCACCACUGUUCAGAGCCCCAUGGUUGCUGGAACAGCAGCUCUCACGGGCUCUGUUGAGCCAGGGUCAGCACGGAUUCGAGGGAAUUCUUACAACGUGGACACAUUUACCUCAACUCGCCUCUCCGGAACCGAGGUGGCAGCUUCUCGUCCUGAUGUACUCGUCAUUAGCACGGGUCACUACUACACUGUUGCUCAACCAACGUAUUCGGAUUACGAUGUGACCCAGAUUGUGAAUGCGAAAAGUGUGGCGGCUCAUCUUAUUGCUGGAGAUGGAUCGACUGAUGAUACGGCUAGCAUUCAAGUUGUUCUCAAUGACGCUGCCGGCAAGGAGGCCUGUGAUCAAGGUUGGCAAUGCAGGGAUGUCGGUGUGGCACAGAUGCAGGACUUCACGUUUACCAUCGCCGGCAUACUUCCCGGCAUUAUCUUUUUUGAGGCUAACGUGGAAGACAUCAAGCCAGGAGGCGUUGGUUUCCGGUUCUGCAGCUUUCGCAUUGCAGGAGCCAAAGGAUCGAAGGUUGAGGCCAACCGUAGAGAUGCCAAGAGUUGUGUCGCUGGGCAUACCACCGCACAUUUCACCACAACUUUGUCUUCGUAUUUGGAACACACUUGGGCCUGGAGUGCUGAUCUUGAGGUAGAUGGCGGUGCAACUGGACUUGCAAGUCCCGCUUCUGGGUUUCUCAUUGAGUCUCAGAAAGGUACUUGGAUGCUGGGAAUGGGUUCUGAGCACCACGUUUUCUAUCAGGUCAAUAUCAACAAUGUCAAGAGCGUUUUCAUUGGUCUCAUGGAAGGUGAAACUUCACAUUUGCAGGGGAAUGGCACCACAGCGUAUCCGCCGGAUCCAUGGACUGACAACCUUCAAUCCACCGAACCCGAUUUCAAGUGGUUUAGUGCUAACGUAUCACCCAGUCCCGUAUGGGACUCUAUCAAAUCGUCCACAACUCCAGCAACAUCAAUCUCUACUGUCAAGGCUGGUGGAGAUUGCCAGGGUAACGGCACCAUUUACCAAGGUCGCUCGAAGUUAUUUGUGUAA